AUGGUUUCCUACGCUCGCGAGCACUGUUCUCAUCCAAAGCUAGCGUACGAACAGCUGGACAUAACAGGAGACGUCUCCGAGUUCCUCAGGAUGUACGGACCUUUCGAUCGCCUCUACUGCUUCAACAGUCUUAACCGUGUGAAAGACCAGCCGAAAGCAUGGAGCAACAUGGCGAAGCUGCUGAAGCCAGGCGGAGAGUGUCUUCUGUUUUACAGUGCUUGGUUUGCUUCACCGGAAGUCUGGAGGACAUUGGCCAGAAAGGAACGCUGGAGCAGGUUUGCGGAGAUGUGGGAAGCCCUCAUUCCGCCGACACAGGACAUGAAGAGCAAUGACGACAGGCUGAACUAUGCCCGGUCACUGGCGCAGGACGUUGGGCUGGAACUGAGGAGCUGCGAGAUAGCUCACAUUCAUCUCCCCGCACAAGGCUGGUCCGAAAUGCUGACUGCACUGCUACCAGGAAAUUACACCCUCAGCGCCGAAGAAAGACACGACUUGUUCAAAGACGCUGAUCAAGAAUUUCAGAUCUGGCUACGAGGACGGAAAAAUCCGCGCUUGGCUGAGAACUACGUAAUCCAUGGGAUUAAGCCAAUGAAACGGCACUCAUGA